UGUGGUUGCAUUUUUCUAGUCUCAGUUAUCUUAAUCAUCAGUUUGCUGUAAACUCGCUGUUCUGGUUCUAACGAUCUGCGUUGAUAAAAUCGUUGUCCCGUUUAAAGCGAAGUUGCUACUUCCAUAAACUGAUCAGAGCAGACGCCAAACGAAGACAGGCUCCACGUUCACUCCACUGUGCAGCCGACUCGCUGUAAACAGUAAAACAAGAUGAAGUGUUGAGCAGUAGGGAGAAGAGAGGCAAUGGGGUUGUUUGAGACUGUGAAGAAGUACAAGAACCAGGACUACAAUGCUCUCAAGAAAGAGUGCAAAAAAAAGGGCACAUUAUUUAUUGAUCCAGAGUUUCCACCAGAUGAAAGGUCUCUAUCAUCAACACCUGGCAAGUUUGGCAACAUAGUUUGGAAACGACCAAAGCAAAUCUGUGACAAUCCGAAAUUGUUUGUUGCUGGAGCGAGCUCGGGGGACGUAACUCAAGGACGACUAGGCAACUGCUGGUUUGUGGCUGCCUCCUCCUGCCUCGCAUCUUCUAAAGCAAUUUGGAACAAGGUGAUUCCAGACUGCAAAAGCCAAGAGUGGGAUGAACAAAAGCCAGAAGAGUAUGCUGGCAUUUUUCGAUUUCAGUUUUGGCGGUUUGGCUACUGGACAGAAGUGGUCAUAGAUGACUUUCUCCCCACGGUCAAUGACCAGCUGGUCUUCAUCCAUUCGCAAAGCCGCAACGAAUUCUGGUCUGCCCUGUUAGAAAAAGCCUAUGCCAAGCUGUUUGGAAACUAUCAGGCUUUAGAUGGAGGAGAACUGAGUGAAGCACUGGAAGAUUUUACUGGUGGGGUUUCCGAUACUUUGGAUUUGAUCAAGAUGGAAGUGGCAGCCAAACCUGAGGAACGUGUAGCACUCUUUGCUCGCAUGCAGAAAGAGAUGGACAGACACUCAUUAAUGGCUGCUUCUAUUCCAGCAACUUCCGCAGAAGAUAUGGAGGUCACCACUGAGAGUGGGUUGGUCAAGGGACAUGCAUAUGGCAUCACUGCAGUGAAAAAUGUCCAUUUGGAGGGCUCUGGGUUGUUUGGACUGUUCAACAGGGAAAAGCUACCAAUGAUACGUCUGAGGAACCCCUGGGGACAGGGCGAAUGGAAAGGCGCUUUUAGUGAUGGGUCUGUUGAGUGGAAGAAGAUCAGUGGCUCAGACAAGGAAAAACUAGGACUGACGUUUGAGGAUGAUGGAGAAUUCUGGAUGACUUUUGAAGACUUCUGCAAGUACUUCCACCAGACAGCCAUAUGCCGUGUUGUGAAUACCUCAUUUUUCUCAAUCAACAAGACAUGGCAUGAGGGUCUAUCCCAUGGUGCUUGGACUAAACCUGAACGAGCUGGAGGUUGCCCAAAUCACAAGGACACUUUCCUGAAGAACCCCCAGUAUGCAUUUGACGUCACAGAUGAUGACGAUGAGUUCAUGAUUCAACUAAUGCAGAAAAGUACUCGAGACAAGGAAGGGACAGCGAACAAAACCAUUGGUUUCACUGUGUUGAAGGUGGAAAAUAACAGGAGAUACCGUAUUCAUAACCUAUCACUUCAAGAAAAGGUCUUUUCUACUGUGUAUCGUGACAGUCGCUCAAUGUUUAUGCGAUAUGGUCCAGUAAAAAAAGGGAGAUAUGUGGUUGUGCCUUCAACAUUUGAGCCAGAUCAAGAAGCGUCUUUUUUGUUGAGAGUCUACACAAGUUCAGCUAACAAUUUUAUGGUGCUUAAUCAUGACAAGCCUGUCAAGCACUGGUGGAACUGCUGUAGCAAGACUCCAGUCAUGGUUACCUAUGUCAAGGUCAUAAAGGCAACAGGAUUGGAAAAACAAGACACACGUGGAGCAGACCCUUACUGUAUCAUUAAAUGUGAGGGUGAAACAGUGUACACACGUGCCAUCCCUAACACUGUUGAUCCUGAAUGGGGAGAAUCUGCACUAUUCUUCCGCAAGAAUCCUGUGAAGUCUCCAAUGAAAAUCCAGAUUUGGAAUAACAAUGUUCUUCGAGAUCAGUUCAUGGGCAAGCAUGUCUUCUUAUCUGCAGAUGAUAUGCAGGCACAGGUUCUUGAGGUUGAUCUCUUUGGACGCAAAAGUGAGAGCACUGUGCAGAAACCUGGCAAGUUGUACCUACUCAUAACACAGUCCCGCCAGCUUCUCUCUGUCUAACACCCAGCUGUUGACCAUUAGUUCCUUUCUGGCACGUGACGUGAACAGCCCUUAAACAGCCUGAAAACAAUUUUAUUAAAGUAUUGACUAUUAUUUUACUUUUUUAUUCAUGCGCCUGUCAUUCUCUAGUCUCUGCAUUCUCAGAUUGUCAUUCAUUUCCUCAUAGAUAUUUGCAAACAUGCUAGUCUUUCACUUUUUUCAUUAUUGAUGAAAUUCAUUUAUAUCAUUCAAGAAUGACAUCUGGCUCUACAAAUGUACAGAUGUGCACUGUUUUGGCACCCAUAAUAAGUUCUUCUUGAGGACAACAACGUGUGUUGACUUAAUUUAUUAAGGCAUCUUGAACAUCAUUAUUUCACGAGCCAUACUGUUAAGCCUCUGAGAUUUUGUACUGGUCUUGAUUUUAAGAUUUGCAUCAUUCACUUCACAGUCUUAAGUUACAUUUUUUUAGGCUUUUUUAUUUUUGGACAUGUAUUUGUGUAGACUGAAUUCUAUUACUACAGCUAAAUGCGUCCAAUAAGAUAUUUUUCUAAAAAAUACUUUAACUAUUUGUUAUUGAAAAUGAUGCUUCAGAAAGAUUCACAAAUGUGAUCAUCAGUCCUAUGUCUUAGUGCCUUGCUUGUUGAAAUAUGCAAAACUAGUGAGGUAUAAAACACUAGACUUUAGGAUGAGACUUUUUGCAGUGUCUAACUGCAGAGCUUUGUGCUCAUUAGAGUGUAAAAUGAAUAACUGCUGUAUUUAUAUAUUUAUAUCUACAUAUAGAGAAUAUGAUUACAGGAUGAAUGCACAUUUGUUAUUUCAGAACUGCUCAUAUGUUCUAUGCAACUUGUAGUAGACAUACUAGUCAUAUCACUGAUGGGGAGGGUGGGAAUUAGUUAAACUGAUGGUCAGUUUUGUUUUUGUUUUUUUAAAGUGCAUAUUAUUUACACACCAGAGUUGCUAUCCUUAAAAAUAAGGAAAAUAAGGCUCGGCCUUGCUUAGGAGAAAUAACAUAAGGGGAAAUCUGUUACCAAGUCUAUUUUGUGUUGCUCUCACAUUUCUAUGCGGUUUAUAACUAUAAAGAGGAGAUCAACUAAGCUACCCCUUUAUAGGCUAAAUUCAUUUAAGUGCUCUCAUGAGGACUGUGACUUGUCACGGACACAGCCUCUCACCAGAGCAACACACACAUGACGUCCAUACGCGUUCUUUCAUCACACAAAGGGAUUGCCUGAGGCUGUUCAAAUCAUGUUAUUAAGUUGCUCAGGAUUUUACGGAAUAGAGCACAGAUAAUUAUAUUCAUACAAAAAUGUCUCCAUACACAGUUCGUUGGGGAAGAUGGUGAAAUCUAAGAUAAGUAAACGUAUGGUAUUGCGAUAGUUUCUACUCCAAAGGCUAUCGAAUAGUCUGGGAAGGUGAUUUUUCCUCCUUCUAAAGGGCUCCAACUCAAUGAGCCCACGCCGCACAAAACAGUCGGUGAUGUCCAGGGACAUUCACACUAACACACGUCUACCCUUCCUUGAAUAAUCUUUUAGGCAGACACACCUGACUGCCGACAAUACACUUCAGGGUCUCAGAGCCAAAGGUGCUGACUCGGCAGAUACACCCGGCUGGUGAUACACUUCAAUAACCGGGAACAGCGGGUGCUGACUGGGCAGAUACACCUAGUUGCUGACAAUACUCUUGGAGUCGUCUUUCCCUCUCUGGUUAAUUCCUUCUUCUAGGCGAUUCCUCGUCUAGGCAAGGUUAAUACACCAAGGGUCAGCAUCACGCCACCUCCAGUGUCGAUGGACACUGCUCUGCUCUGUUAAGUAAUCUCACUAGGGAGAUUUACAAAUCGUGACUCAGGCACGUCUUCCUCCCUCACUAUCUCGGGCCUGAGUACUUUGCUACCCUUGCUUUCGCCGAAACUUCUACCACUGAACAUUGCACACCCAUCACUCUGUGUCAUGGUUAACCCUUUUCCCACUAACAUUCUCAUUCAUUCUCCACUACAUGUUAUCCACCUUUACAAUUCAUGGGUAGCAAAGGAGUUAAACUAACCUAAAAACAUGGAGGUACGGACUGGUCCGUGACAUGACUAUAGCAUGGCAUAGCUAGUGAUAUCUAUUUUAGCAGCAUUUUAAUCUGAAUAUGCUUUUGUUAUUUUUUUUAAAUACUUGCUUUUUUAAUUUUUAUGCUUGCCUUUUGAAGUUGACUUUAUAUCACUUUCUUGUUGAUAAUGUGGGUUUCUUUUAAAAUAUUUAAAUAUUUUAGAACAAACCUAAAUAGUUCUCUGUUUUGCUGGUGCUGAAGAUUCUUGUCGCAAACAUAUCAGAACUUUCUGAAAAUCCUUUAUGGUCAUCUCUUCCUGUUCAGUUUACAUGUACAUACUACUGUUAUUGCUUUGAAUUGUGUAUUCUUUUAUAAAUCUAUAAAUACACUUUAUACCAUUGUUUAUAUAUACUGUGAAAAUGGAAAAUACAUUUAUAUUGUUAAUUUUUUUAUUAUAGAAUUAUGGGGUAUCAUGGAGUGGUUUAUCAUGAAAGAUUUAAAAAGAAACUUGAGACAUUGUUUUGCAGAUGUACCUGCAAACAUAGAACAGGCCAGUCCAUUUAGUAGUUUGGCUGUGAUGGGUAAAUUAAGUUGCAAUAAAUCUUUGUUGAUUGUUAGCACUUUGUAACUACAUGUGUAAAUAAACAUAAAUAAUAGGGAAGCUUUAAUGUGGGUCUUUACAAAGUGACACAGAUGGACAAGCUCUUUCCAUUAUCUUUUCUAAUGCAGCCGUGUCCAGUUUUCAAGUUGUGUUAUCAUUCACUUGUCUUGCACCCAAUAGAACUAACAGGAACUCUAGUCACGAUAUUAUUGUAAAAGAUAUAAAUAGCCUAACAAGUGUAGACAGAACAAGUAUUAAUUGUUGAAGUUAGUACAACAGUACUUGUUGAUCAUUGUUGUCAUCUGCCCAUUGCUGCUGUAAAAUAUCUUAGAUGCAGUUUUUGAUUUAGUCUUGUGUAAGCUUGGAAAACUGAAAGGUUAUGGUUGUUCAUAGACUGUAAAUUAAUGAAAUGUCAAAUCUGCAAGUGCACAACUCUGUGUAUUCUCUGACACAAAUGCUAGAGGGCAGUACGAUUGAUUUUUUUUUUUUCAUGACAGAUAUUGUUGUGGAGAGAAGCAUUCAUGUCUUUGAGCAUAAUUUUUAUUUAUAAAUGGAAUCUUAGGAAGUGAAUGACAUAAUGCAACUCACUGUUAGGCUCAGCAUCUUUAGAUGUGUCAUUUUUUAAAAGACUCCAUGUGCUAUUUUUGUACACUUGUGUCCCAGCAGGAGAACUUUCACCAGAUAUAGAAAUUCUGGAAUCAAACAGAUUUGAAGAUAUGUACUGUUAGAAGUCAAAAGAAGGUACUAUUAGAACUAAAGCUGACCAAAUUUGGGGGGGGAAAACUUAUAAUUUGUUUUUUGAAUUGAGUCCUUAUCUUCUACCUUUUAGUCUCCAUAAAUAUUUAAAGCUGUAGGUGGUUUCCAUGUAUUAAUAGAUUUAUUUAAAAAUAAUUGAGGAGAGAGAUUAGAAAUGGCAGGUUUCUUUGCCUGGGUUUGCUACAAAUAAAUAAACAUUGAUAUCUUUAUUUUAUCAUGCAUUGAAAAACAUUGGCUAAGUGCCCUUGUGUCUAGCAGUUUCACUGUGCAUUUUUCAGAUUUUUUUUAAAUACUGAAAAACAUUGAUGGCCUUUCUUGCUUACCUGAUUUUAAGUUUGUUGUUAUCUGCGUUUUUUACCAAAACAUGAAAGACUCUGGUUUGUUUUCCUGACAUUUUGAAGUCUUUUGAUUUAAGCAUUGCUUUUGCUUUCACUAAAGCUAUUAAGUUAUGUCACUUUAUAUUCGGCAUUAUAUGUCACAGGCAUCUUUUGUUUGGACCACUCAGGCAAAAACAUCAAGUCCCAUCUACAAUUUUUAACGGUUUGGUCAAAAGUCUUUUGUACACAAAUGUGCCAUGAGUGAAAUCCUGUGUGUUUUUUUUCAUGUCUAAUUAAACACUUUAAUGAUUUAUAAUUGUGCUUAGCAGUAUCAUAAAGGUUUUUAUUGUUUUUUCCACAUUUCCUUGCAAGUUAUUUAUGGGAUUAUUUUACAAAAUAUAUGUAAUGCUUAUACCACAAGUGAUCAGACUUGGUUUCCUGUGCCAGUUAUAUACAAGUAGCACCUUUAUUAAUAGUGUUACAGUUAGUUGAGUUUAGGGCACUCUUGGUUCCAUUUUCAUUAGAAAUAGCUGCAUAUAUCUUUUCUUUUUGCUAUUGCUUGAUUUAACGCUAACCUAAAGAGGUUUAGUUCCAUACAUUUAAAUGGAUUGAAGCAUUUGGUGCAAAUUUUUUUAUUCAUUUAAGCUAAGCAAUAAACAUGCAUGGUGUACAUUUUUCCCUAGUCCACAGUAUAGUUUAUUGAUUAGCAUUUAUUUGUGGAAAAGUAAUUUUUAUUUAAUUUAUUGGAGGAGUGUUGCAACCAACUUUGUCCAUGAAAUGAAGAUCAUAUAUUGUGAGGAUUGGGUGCCAUUGUUUUCAGGAAGUUGCAUAUAGUUCUUUUAAACACUUUUUUUUAGCAAUCUGAAUAUUUUUCUUUGAAAGCUGAAAUUGUUGCUUAGCAUAUUUGCUUAUUUUAGAAAGCGAUUUGUUCUCCACACAAACAUGCCUGAUACUUUUGUGAUAUUUAUAAAAAUGUAUUUUUUAAAGCUUCAUAAUACCCUUUGAUCACUACUUUUUAUAUUUCUUAUAUUACAUAUAAAAAAAAAUUUUAACUUGCUUUUGGAAAUUUUGACAUGGUUCCUUAGUGUGGCUUGACCAUUCAAUUAAAAAUGAAGGGUCUGUAAUACAUGCUUCUGUACACAUCAA